UCCGCAGCCUGGCGGGCCCAGCGGGCGGAACCGGUAGUGUCUGGCACUUGGCUCGCCCGGACUCUGAAUCCCGGAGCACCAGGUGCCCACGAGAACGCUGUUCUCUUUGGCUUCCGGGCGCACGCUACUCUGUCGCCGCCGUCAGACCGGAAUUCUCGGUGCCGCCACAACCGCUGUCUGUGCGCCCACCUCUGCUGCCGCCAUGGGGAUCUUAGAGAAGAUCUCGGAGAUCGAGAAGGAGAUCGCUCGGACGCAGAAGAACAAGGCCACUGAGUAUCAUCUGGGCCUGCUGAAAGCUAAGCUCGCCAAGUAUCGGGCCCAGCUCCUGGAACCGUCCAAAUCAGCCUCGUCCAAAGGAGAGGGCUUUGAUGUCAUGAAGUCGGGUGAUGCCCGUGUGGCGCUGAUUGGAUUUCCCUCUGUGGGUAAGUCCACAUUCUUGAGUCUGAUGACCUCCACGGCCAGCGAGGCAGCGUCCUAUGAGUUCACCACUCUGACGUGUAUUCCUGGGGUCAUUGAAUACAAAGGUGCCAAUAUCCAGCUCCUGGACCUUCCUGGAAUCAUUGAAGGCGCAGCCCAAGGAAAAGGCCGUGGCCGGCAGGUGAUCGCUGUGGCGCGCACGGCUGACGUCGUCAUCAUGAUGCUGGAUGCCACCAAGGGAGAGGUGCAGAGGUCUCUGCUGGAGAAGGAGCUGGAAUCUGUGGGCAUCCGCCUCAACAAACACAAGCCUAACAUCUACUUCAAGCCCAAGAAAGGUGGUGGCAUCUCCUUUAACUCGACAGUCACGCUGACCCAGUGUUCGGAAAAGCUGGUGCAGCUCAUCCUGCACGAAUACAAGAUCUUCAAUGCAGAAGUGCUCUUCCGAGAAGACUGCUCCCCGGACGAGUUCAUCGAUGUGAUCGUGGGCAACCGGGUGUACAUGCCCUGCCUGUAUGUUUAUAACAAAAUCGACCAGAUCUCCAUGGAAGAGGUGGACCGCCUGGCCCGAAAACCCAACAGUGUGGUCAUCAGCUGCGGCAUGAAGCUGAACCUGGACUAUCUGCUGGAGAUGCUUUGGGAGUACUUGGCCCUGACCUGCAUCUACACCAAGAAGAGAGGACAGAGGCCAGACUUCACAGACGCCAUCAUUCUCCGGAAAGGGGCCUCAGUGGAGCACGUGUGCCACCGCAUCCACCGGUCACUCGCCAGCCAGUUCAAGUACGCCCUGGUGUGGGGCACCAGCACCAAGUACAGUCCGCAGCGGGUGGGCCUGACCCACACCAUGGAGCACGAGGACGUCAUCCAGAUCGUGAAGAAGUAACGGCGCCAGCCGGGCCUCCCGCCCACCUGCCUCGUCUCCCUGGGGAGGUGGUCCCACUGGGACACACAAACACCCAAACAGAAAAAUACAAAUACACGUACCCCAGGAAGGGGUCCCUCAAGUCUCUGCUAUUUACAGAAGUUUCUUCAGUAGGCAGACGAAGAGUGUGUUGGGGCAGAGGGGCUCGUCUGGAGGCAUUUCCCAUAAGACUGAGCCCUCUCAUGGGGGUUUUGAGUUUGUAGUGCUGAGCCUGCAUCUGUGCCUCCCAGCCCCCUGCACUGAGGGAGCAAGUUGCCCACCUGCCCGCCAGCCAGGGCCUAAAGCAGAUGGCAUGCUCAGUGCCAGGCUGGUAGCUGGGCCUGUUUGGGUCCCUGGAGGCUGUGGCUGCUGUCAUGGCACCUCACUCCCUCAGCUCCUGCCAGCUUCUCUGACACUUGGGUUGGGGGCCCUUCCAGGAGGAAACCCCCUUGGGUGCCCCACACAGGGCUCUCCAUGAUGGGAACCAGUGGUUAGUGGCUUCAAAGGCCCAGCUGACACCCUCCACAGCCUAAGGGGUGUCCUAAAGUGCCUCCCCCUGUAUUCCCCCUCCCAGGGCAGCCCCUGCCCAGCACAAAACCCCAGGACCCUGGCUCUGCACGCCUGGGGCAGGGACUUUUGAGUUUAGGAUCUGUAUUUUCUAAGUCCCCAGUUCUCCUGGCUCUCCUUUCUGAAAUAAAGGAUUGAAAACGG